ACACAAAGUAUCAAUUUCCAUUCUCCACCUCUUCCCUAUCAAAAAAUAUCUCAAUGAAAAUAUUUUUCCUAUCUCCAUUUUUUUCGUCUUCGCCUAUUUUUUGCAUCUUCCCUGUAAAUCCAAUCCCAACUUUCUAGGGUUUAUCUGAACCCAUAAAAAUGUCUAUUUUUCUGUCUCCUCUCGGACCCAAACCCUAUUUCCACCCCUACCCAUCUCAUGUUCGGACCAUUCAAACUCCAAUCUUCCAACGAACCCAUUUCCGGCACCAAAAAUACCCACUUCCUCGAACAUCACUUCUUGUAGUUGCUAAAUUUGGGUUCUUAAAUUCGGGUCAACUACCGGACCCAGAAGUAUUUGAGGGUCCAAUUAAAGACUUGUUUGGCAGAACUGAAGGAUUUCUCUACACCAUUGCUGAUGCUGCUGUUUCUAAUACUGAUGUUAUUGAUGCGUCCACUACUACAACUAAACAGAAUGGUGAUUGGCUUUCUGGGAUUACGGCGACCAUGGAAACUGUUCUUAAAGUAUUGAAGGAUGGAUUAUCUACCUUACAUGUGCCUUAUUCUUAUGGGUUUGCCAUCAUUUUGCUUACUGUGCUUGUUAAGGCGGCCACAUUUCCGUUGUCCAAGAAGCAGGUGGAAUCUACUAUGGCCAUGCGAUCUUUGCAGCCUCAAAUAAAGGCUAUCCAGCAGCGAUAUGCUGGAAAUCAGGAAAAAAUUCAACUUGAGACAGCUCGGCUGUAUAAAAUUGCUGGCAUAAACCCAUUUGCAGGAUGUCUGCCAACGUUGGCAACAAUACCAGUGUGGAUAGGUCUCUAUAGAGCCCUUUCCAAUGUUGCUAAUGAGGGACUUCUGACAGAGGGUUUCUUCUGGAUACCCUCCCUUGCUGGUCCUACAACUAUUGCUUCCCGGCAAAAUGGAAGUGGCAUUUCUUGGCUUUUCCCUUUCAUUGAUGGACAUCCACCACUUGGGUGGUCAGAUACAGCAGCUUAUCUUGUUCUACCACUUUUAUUAGUUAUUUCACAGUAUAUAUCAGUCCAGAUUAUGCAAUCAUCUCAGCCGAAUGAUCCAAACAUGAAAAGUUCUCAAGCACUGACAAAGUUUCUUCCAUUGAUGAUUGGUUAUUUUGCGCUUUCCGUACCUUCUGGUCUAAGCCUUUACUGGUUCACCAAUAAUAUCUUGAGCACACUUCAGCAAGUAUAUCUUCAGAAGAUGGGAGGUGCAAACAAUGCGUUAGUGCAGCUUAAUGAAGAAAUUUUCAAAGAAGACCGGUCAUCGCCUGCCGAAUUUGUUUCUAAAUCAACAUCAACGCAAACCGAGGAAAAAUCACCUUUCUCAGUCACAAAAUCAACCCAAAAGGAGGAAAUAUCACCUUUCACAGGGCUACGGCCGGGAGAAAAGUUUAAGCAACUAAAAGAGGAAGAAGCUAGAAGAAAACGCCUAAGGGAAGAAGAGAGGAUGAAAAAGGAUGCAGCUGCAGCAAAUGCUGUAUCUAAGACGGAUGCACAUGAUAAGCAACAGAACUCAGUUGUAGCAGAAAAUGGUCAUGUUUCUAACGAGGAAGCUUCUAUAAACGGGAACGGCUCUUCCAAGGAUUAUCAAGAUACACCUGAACCUACAAGUGAAAAUGGUAGACUUAUCAAUGGCACUGAUGAUGAAGAUUUGGAAAAUGUAAACCAGAAAGCUGUUGAGGUUCAUAGUAAAUUAGGGCUGGACCGAAAUUCUGAAGAGGAGACAUCUGUCAGUUCUUAAUCUGUGAGCAAUACAAGUUUACGCAUCAUAGCAGCAGAAGUUCAUUUCAGUUGGCCAACUAAAUCAUGAUUGUGGAAUCGUCUAUACCCAACCUCAAUGAAAGAUUGAUAUCUCCUCCGCUAAACCCGAUGUAUGCAAAUAACAAGGUAUGUUACUAUAUUUGCUGUACGCUAUUCGAUCUUUUGCAAUAUAGACCUGAGAAAUACAGCCAGAAGUUAAAUUGGCUUCCCCCCACUACAACUCGGCUUGUAUAUUGUAGUCCUGAUGAGGAGAGCGAUAGUGACAGAGAGAGAGAGAGAGUACUUUUGAGUUUGAUUCAUGAUUCGGAUUUUGUAAUGUCUGAUUCCGAUCAAUUGGCCAACUCUAUUGACGUUUGUUAGACUUAGAAGUUAUGAUAUUGCAUAGGCGGGGGUACAUCAUAAACAUAUACAAAAAUUGUAAAUGAGUUGAAAAUUUCUCAAUGUCAGACGAAUCCGUUUCCUUGAA